GUCUUUAGCCCUUUGAUUUUUUUUGGCAUGCUUAUGAAUUUGCUUUUCUUUUUUAAAAUCCCCCUUAUUAUAGAUUUGUAUAGAUUUGGUUGAAGUCACAGAUGCCAUUUUCUUCAUCUUUAUAAUGCAAGUUUUCUUUCCAGGUAGAAGGACAAGAAAAUAAUGAGCCAAUGCCAUAGAAACGCAAAGGGUUAAAGGUUUUUCUUUUACUUUUGUUUUGGGUACGCUUUCUAUACUUUGAACAAAUGUGUUUUUCUGCUCAAAAUACUUUCAAACUAUUGAAAGUUUUCAUUCCAAAUCCUAGACUUUUAGGCUUGUUACUUUUGAGAAACUGUUUCUCACAUUAGAGCUCCCCCCUGUAUUGCUCUAAAUGUAGUUUAGUAAAUGCACCUACUUUGCUCUAAGCAUACUUAAAGUUAAAAGAAAAGUAUAUAUACAAAAAGACUUUGGUAUUUUUAAUAGUUGGAGUCUGUUUUGCUAAUUUUAGUGUGCAGGUCAGCACAAGGGGCAUAGUGAGCCUGAUGGAAGCUUUCCUCAGGUGAGUGAGUUUCAAAAGCAGAAUUAGGUGCCUGUUUCUUAGAAUUAGAUUCUGCUGCAGGUUUACAAAUUAGACUUUCAGCCUGCAUGAAUUAGUAGGGAUAUUCUUUUUUUACUUGCAUAAUUGUAAUUGAUUUAAACAUGUAUGUCAGAAUUCACAGGCCCAUACUAACUGUCCUUAAUUUCUUUCCUACAGCAGUACUGCUAUAUGCCAGUCCUGUCUGCAUUCUUAAGGGUGCAGUUCAACACAUCCUCUCUAGAUUAUGGUGAAAAAGUAUUCCAAAGGAAGUCUUAUCAGAGCUAGUGUCAGAAAGAAUGACACUAUCAAUUGGGCAUGAUCUUCAGCAUAGGAAAUGUCUUAGAAUUUUAUUAUUUUUUCCUAAAUUGUGAUGCUAUACUACUUGUAUAGCAAAUUACCACAUUUCUAAAACUCAGUGUGCCUCUGAAUCUUAUUAUGUACUGUUUGGGCUUCUUUAAGAUAUUUUGAAGUUUGAAAAGCAAAUACUGAAACUUUAACCAAGAGACUAACACAUCUCUUUGUACACCACUUUUCUUCUGUGUGCAACAUAACUGGUAGAAGUAAUAUAUUUCAAGUAAUAUGUUUCCAGUUGUAAUUUAUACUUUCUAAGAAAAUAAAAAUGUUUUGGAGUCAACAAAACUUAAAAAGAAUGAAGCCCUUUUUAGUAACAUGGGAUCAGAAUCAGAUUAUAGGUGUAUUUUUAAAAGUCUAAACUAUUUUCUAAACUAUAACUGUUUUAGAACAUUGUAUGGAGAACUUAUCUAGUUAUAGUUAUUUGUAGUCAGGAUUUUAACAGCUUGCAACAGGUAAUGUUUUGAAUAUAAAUAUCUUUCCAAAGUGUUACUAAUGGUAAAGAGAUAAUUUUCUAGGCUUCUAUUCUGCUGCUUGAAGUCAGAACUGCUGAUGGAGACAAAGGCACGAAAGUGAGGGAAGACCCCUGAUCCUAAAAUGAAUGCUAGGACUUACAUGGAUGUAAUGCGAGAACAGCAUUUAACCAAAGAAGAGAGAGAAAUUAGGCAACAACUAGCAGAAAAAGCUAAAGCUGGAGAAUUAAAAGUUGUCAAUGGAGCAGCAGCGUCCCAGCCUCCCUCAAAACGAAAACGGCGUUGGGAUCAAACAGCCGAUCAGACUCCUGGUGCCACUCCUAAAAAACUAUCAAGUUGGGAUCAAGCAGAGACCCCCGGACAUACCCCUUCCUUAAGAUGGGAUGAGACACCAGGUCGUGCAAAGGGAAGUGAGACUCCUGGAGCAACCCCAGGCUCAAAAAUAUGGGAUCCUACACCUAGCCACACACCAGCGGGAGCUGCUACUCCUGGACGCGGCGAUACGCCAGGCCAUGCAACACCAGGCCACGGAGGUGCAACUUCCAGUGCUCGUAAAAACAGAUGGGAUGAGACCCCCAAAACAGAAAGAGAUACUCCUGGGCAUGGAAGCGGAUGGGCUGAGACUCCUCGAACAGAUCGAGGUGGAGAUUCAAUUGGUGAAACACCAACUCCUGGAGCCAGUAAAAGAAAGUCACGUUGGGAUGAAACACCAGCUAGUCAGAUGGGUGGAAGCACUCCUGUUCUGACACCUGGAAAGACACCAAUUGGCACACCAGCCAUGAACAUGGCUACCCCUACUCCAGGUCACAUAAUGAGUAUGACUCCCGAACAGCUUCAAGCUUGGAGGUGGGAAAGAGAAAUUGAUGAGAGAAACCGUCCACUUUCUGAUGAAGAAUUAGAUGCCAUGUUUCCAGAAGGAUAUAAGGUACUUCCCCCUCCAGCUGGUUAUGUUCCUAUUCGAACUCCAGCUCGAAAGCUGACAGCAACUCCAACGCCUUUGGGUGGUAUGACUGGUUUCCACAUGCAAACUGAAGAUAGAACAAUGAAAAGUGUUAAUGACCAACCAUCUGGGAAUCUGCCAUUUUUAAAACCUGAUGAUAUUCAGUACUUUGAUAAACUUUUGGUUGAUGUUGAUGAAUCAACACUUAGUCCAGAAGAGCAAAAAGAGAGAAAAAUAAUGAAGCUUCUUUUAAAAAUUAAGAAUGGAACACCUCCAAUGAGAAAGGCUGCAUUGCGUCAGAUUACUGAUAAAGCUCGUGAAUUUGGAGCUGGUCCUUUGUUUAAUCAGAUUCUUCCUCUACUGAUGUCUCCUACACUUGAGGAUCAAGAGCGUCAUUUACUUGUGAAAGUUAUUGAUCGAAUAUUAUACAAACUUGAUGACUUAGUUCGACCAUAUGUGCACAAGAUCCUUGUGGUCAUUGAACCAUUGCUAAUUGAUGAAGAUUACUAUGCUAGAGUGGAAGGUCGAGAGAUUAUUUCUAAUUUGGCAAAGGCUGCUGGUCUGGCUACUAUGAUCUCUACCAUGAGACCUGAUAUAGAUAACAUGGAUGAGUAUGUUCGUAACACAACAGCUAGAGCUUUUGCUGUUGUAGCCUCUGCCCUGGGCAUUCCUUCAUUGUUGCCCUUCUUAAAAGCUGUGUGUAAAAGUAAGAAGUCCUGGCAAGCGAGACACACUGGUAUUAAGAUUGUACAGCAGAUAGCUAUUCUUAUGGGCUGUGCCAUCUUGCCACAUCUCAGAAGUUUAGUUGAAAUCAUUGAGCAUGGUCUUGUGGAUGAGCAACAGAAAGUUCGGACCAUUAGUGCUUUGGCCAUUGCUGCCUUGGCUGAAGCAGCAACUCCUUAUGGUAUCGAGUCUUUUGAUUCUGUGUUAAAGCCUCUAUGGAAGGGUAUCCGUCAACACAGAGGAAAGGGUCUGGCUGCUUUCUUAAAGGCUAUUGGCUAUCUUAUUCCUCUUAUGGAUGCAGAAUAUGCCAACUACUAUACUAGAGAAGUGAUGUUAAUCCUUAUUCGAGAAUUUCAGUCACCUGAUGAAGAAAUGAAGAAAAUUGUGCUGAAGGUGGUAAAGCAGUGUUGUGGAACAGAUGGUGUAGAAGCAAACUACAUUAAAACAGAGAUUCUUCCUCCUUUUUUUAAACACUUCUGGCAACACAGAAUGGCUUUGGAUAGAAGAAAUUACCGACAGUUAGUUGAUACUACUGUGGAAUUGGCAAACAAAGUAGGUGCAGCAGAAAUUAUUUCCAGGAUUGUGGAUGAUCUGAAGGAUGAAGCUGAACAGUACAGAAAAAUGGUGAUGGAGACAAUUGAGAAAAUUAUGGGCAACUUGGGAGCAGCAGAUAUUGAUCAUAAACUUGAAGAACAGUUGAUUGAUGGUAUUCUUUAUGCUUUCCAAGAACAGACUACAGAGGACUCUGUAAUGUUGAAUGGCUUUGGCACAGUGGUCAAUGCUCUUGGCAAACGAGUCAAACCUUACUUGCCUCAGAUCUGUGGUACAGUUUUGUGGCGUUUAAAUAACAAAUCAGCAAAAGUUAGGCAACAGGCAGCUGACUUGAUUUCUCGAACUGCUGUUGUCAUGAAGACUUGUCAAGAGGAAAAAUUGAUGGGGCACUUGGGUGUUGUUUUGUAUGAGUAUUUGGGUGAAGAGUACCCUGAAGUAUUGGGCAGCAUUCUUGGAGCAUUGAAGGCCAUUGUAAAUGUAAUAGGUAUGCAUAAGAUGACCCCACCAAUUAAAGAUCUCCUGCCUAGACUCACCCCCAUCUUAAAGAACAGGCAUGAAAAAGUACAAGAGAAUUGUAUUGAUCUUGUUGGACGUAUUGCUGACAGGGGAGCUGAGUAUGUGUCUGCGAGAGAAUGGAUGAGGAUUUGUUUUGAGCUUCUGGAGCUCUUAAAAGCUCACAAAAAAGCUAUUCGUAGAGCCACAGUCAACACAUUUGGUUACAUUGCAAAGGCCAUUGGUCCUCAUGAUGUAUUGGCUACACUCUUAAACAACCUCAAAGUUCAGGAAAGGCAGAACAGAGUUUGUACCACUGUAGCAAUAGCUAUUGUUGCCGAAACGUGUUCACCCUUCACAGUACUACCUGCCUUAAUGAAUGAAUACAGAGUUCCUGAGCUGAAUGUCCAAAAUGGAGUCUUAAAAUCACUUUCCUUCUUGUUUGAAUAUAUUGGUGAAAUGGGAAAGGACUACAUUUAUGCUGUAACACCGUUACUUGAAGAUGCUUUAAUGGAUAGGGACCUUGUACACAGACAGACGGCUAGUGCAGUGGUGCAACACAUGUCACUUGGGGUUUAUGGAUUUGGUUGUGAAGAUUCACUGAAUCACUUGUUGAACUAUGUAUGGCCCAAUGUGUUUGAGACAUCGCCCCAUGUAAUUCAAGCAGUUAUGGGAGCCCUGGAGGGCCUGAGAGUUGCUAUUGGACCAUGUAGAAUGUUACAGUAUUGUUUACAGGGUUUGUUUCACCCGGCCCGGAAAGUCAGAGACGUGUAUUGGAAAAUUUACAACUCCAUCUACAUUGGUUCACAGGAUGCUCUCAUAGCACAUUACCCAAGAAUCUACAAUGAUGAUAAGAACACCUAUAUUCGUUAUGAACUUGACUAUAUCUUAUAACUUUAUUGUUUAUUUUGUGUUUAAUGCACAGCUGUUUCACCUCUUAAACUUGCUUCGAUUUGGUGAUGUAAACUUUUAAACAUUGCAGAUCAGUGUAGAACUGGUCAUAGAGGAAGAGCUAGAAAUCCAGUAGCAUGAUUUUUAAAUAACCUGUCUUUGUUUUUGAUGUUAAACAGUAAAUGCCAGUAGUGACCAAGAACACAGCGAUUACACACACUAUACUGGAGGGAUUUCAUUUUUAAUUCAUCUUUAUGAAAAUUUAGAAUUCAUUCCUUGUGUUUAAAGGGAAUGUUUAAUUGAGAAAUAAACAUUUGUGUACAAAAUGCUAA